AUGGUCGACGCACUCGCCGACGUCGCGCGGUGGUACCGGUCGCAGAAGCUCCAAGGACCGUCAUCGCCCGUGAGCUCCGACACGCGACUGCAUCGCAUUCUUCAGCUCGACGCCACAAGAGCCUACCUUGGCGCCAAGAUCGAGGCGCUCACGCGCCAGGAGCGCGGCCGCGUGAGCCUCGAAGCCGCGCUAUACAUCGAAUUGCUCGACGCAGCGGAUCCGCGGCUAGCGCACGUCGUCGUCGACCGCGCGGACACUGAGCAAAGCAAGAUAGCAAUGGAGCGAUUCGCAUUCAACUUGUCGAUGGCCGCGCAAUUGCGCACCUUCAAGAAGACGCGCGCGCCGAUCGAUGCCACGUCCGUCGCGACCGUGGAUGCCAAGGACCUUUCCUACGACCGCUUCCUCGCCGACUACGCUUUGCCCAAGCGACCUGUGAUUCUUCGCGGCGGCGCCCAUCUUGUGCUGACGAAAAAGAUGUGGAGCCUCGCGUCGCUAGGCGCCAACGCGGCCGUCGCCUCGAAGCCGAUGCCCACAAAGCGCUACGUACAAGACUCGGUGCAGUGGGCGCGGCUCGAGGACGGGCCCGUGAUGCCGCUCGGUGCGUUCAUCGAGGGGUUGGCGACGAGCGAUUUGUACAUCCACGACCACUCGGUGCCAUUACACCUUCCAGAGCUCGUCGAGGACGUUGCGAUCCCAGCGAUCUUUGCACACGACUAUCUCCAGCGCUUGCCAGAAGGCGCGCUGUACCGAGAGACGUGGCCAAGUCUCUUUGUUGGCCCCAAGAAUACGGCGAGCCAGCUCCACGUCGACUCGUUUGGCUCCAACUUUUGGAUGGCGCUGCUCGACGGACGCAAACAGUGGAUCCUCGUGGACCCGCGCGACAUGCACUUACUUCGCCCUCGCCGGCACCCGGGUCUCCACGACGUUGUGUUCGACGUGGCCUUGCCGCUGCCGACCAGCGCUGCCGACGAUCCCUUCUGGUAUGCGCGCCGGGAAGAAUGUAUCUUGGAGGCAGGCGAUCUCCUUUUUGUCCCGACGGGGACCCCCCAUUACGUGCGCAACCUCACGGCCACGCUCGCUCUCUCGGCCAACUACAUUGACUGUAGCAAUGCAGAGGAAGCGAUCGAUGCUCUGUCGCGCCACGCGAGCACGGAUCCACGCGCUGGCGACGUUGCGCGCCAUGUCGCCCAGUGCAUGCGCGGGCCACAACCCGCCGUGCACACCACACAAAGCGUCCCGUUCGCCACCUUCAAGACGCCGCUGCAAGCGACCGAUGAUGUGCUGCCAGCCACCAAGCGGCGCAGGCUCGACGCCGAGUUCCUCGCCGAUUGGAGCAGCGACGACGAGGCUGGCAGCGACGCAGCGCUUCCACAGCGCUAA